AUGGCAACUUUGCGGCAGAAAUGGGCUAUCCAUAGAACAUAUCGUCGAAUACAAAAUUGUUGGCAAGAAUAUAUAGCAGUUUCUGAUAAGGAAUAUGAGACAAUAAAUGAUUUGAUGAAUUUGCAAGAUCAAAUUGAUCAAUUUCAAAAAUUGAUUUUUGUACAAUUUCGUCCAUCAUCUAACAAUGAAUGUAGAAUAGCUGCUCUUGUUCCAUUAGUGGAAGAAAGCUAUGGUAUUUAUAAAUUUUUAACCAGCAUGCUUAAAGCUAUGCAUCAGCAUACAGACGCUGUUGACGCCUUAACGCCCCUUCGUACCAGAUAUAAUGCACAACAUUAUGCUUUAUUAAAAUUUUAUUAUGAAUGUUCAAACUUAAAAUAUUUAACCAGUUUAAUUAGUGUGCCAAAAUUACAACAGGUAUACUAA